AUGGUUGGUCGAAGUUUUUCUCUUAUGAGAUUUUUGCAAUUCGUUUCUGUCAAACGUAAACUUAUUACCUUUCGUUCUCCAGCAAACAUACAGCCUAGUCCAGCGCCACAUCCGUCAAAUCCCCCUGAAGCAAGAGUGUUUGGACCUCGAAUUUCCCCGGCAUUUUCUCCUGCAGUGCUGUCUCCAAGAUCUCCUGGCAUCGCUGUGCAUUCACACAAACACCACAGACGCCCACACCAUGCCCCUCCGCCAUCCCUAUCUCUCCCACCUGAAGCAGGUUGCUCUAGCACUGUUUGUACUGAGCCAUUGAGUUCAACACCGAUCGGUUCCCCCUGUGGCUGUGUGAUGCCCCUUAGUGUUAUUGUUGACAUUGCUGUAGCUCCAUAUUUACUAUUCAUGCACACAGCAGAAUUGGAAGUUGAAGUUGCAGCUGGCACCUUUCUUAAACAGAGCCAAGUGAAGAUUAUGGCUGCUAUUCCAAGUGUCCAAGAUGACCAGAAGACAAGAGUCACCUUCUAUUUGGUGCCACUAAGAGAACAUUUUGAUCGCUAUACUGCAUCACUAAUAUCAGAUAGGUUCUGGAAUAAAAAGGUUCAGAUUAAUUCAUCUGUUUUUGGAGCUUAUGAGGUUAUAAAUAUUACCUAUCCAGGGCUGGGACCUGCACCACCAGCUAUGUCAUCUCUUACGUCAGGUCCUCCAGGAAAUGAAGAAUACCCUAUAACCGCAGAUGUGCACCAUCAGAAGAAGAAAUUAGAUAGCUGGAUCAUCGUGGUAGUUGCAGGGUCCUCUCUGGUACUAAUCGUGGCAUGCAUUGCGCUCAUUAUUUUAAUAGUAAAAUGGAAGAAACUUAAGCGCUUUCAUGAAGCUGGGAACCAUGUGAUCACCCCGUCAGUUAAAAGAAGACAUGGUGGCAGAUCUCAGUCAACUAGCUUGGUGAGCUCUGCAUCAGCGUCAAUGCUCUCAACAGUGGCCACUUGUGCCGCAUCAGUGAAGACAUUUUCGCUUGCACAGCUUGAAAAGGCUACUGAUGGUUUUAGUUCAAGAAGAGUUUUGGGUCAAGGUGGAUUUGGGCGUGUUUAUCACGGGACCAUGGAUGAUGGAAACGAGAUCGCUGUUAAAAUGCUCACAAGAGAGGACAGGAGUGGUGACCGUGAGUUCAUCGCGGAGGUGGAAAUGCUCAGUCGAUUGCACCAUCGUAAUCUCGUCAAAUUGAUUGGCAUUUGCACUGAACGUGGAAAAAGGUGUCUUGUUUACGAGCUUAUACGCAACGGAAGUGUGGAAUCCCAUCUUCAUGGUGCUGACAAGGAUAAGGGCAUGCUGAACUGGGAUGUCAGGAUGAAAAUUGCUUUGGGUGCUGCUAGAGGCCUGGCGUACCUACAUGAAGAUUCAAACCCACAUGUCAUACACCGCGACUUCAAAGGUAGCAAUAUAUUGCUUGAGGAUGAUUUCACUCCCAAGGUUACCGAUUUUGGAUUAGCAAGGGAAGCAACCAAUGGAAUCAAUCCCAUUUCCACAAGGGUAAUGGGCACUUUCGGGUAUGUUGCUCCAGAGUAUGCCAUGACAGGGCAUCUUCUUGUCAAGAGCGAUGUCUACAGUUAUGGGGUUGUCUUGCUGGAGCUUUUAUCAGGAAGGAAGCCCGUAGGCAUCUCCGACAACAUGGAUCCUGAGAACCUUGUGACUUGGGCUCGUCCUCUUCUAGGCAAUAGAGAGGGCUUGGAGAGGCUGAUCGACCCUUCUCUGAACGGCAACUACAAAUUCGACAACGUAGCCAAAGUGGCGUCCAUCGCUUCGGUGUGCGUUCACAGCGAUCCGUCACAGAGGCCGUUCAUGGGUGAAGUAGUCCAGGCACUGAAGCUGAUUUACAAUGAUGCAGAGGAGGCCGUCGGUGAUUCCUACAGCCACAGGGAGUCAUCAUGUGACCCGGACGACGACCUCCCGGCGGGUUUCAUCUUUGACAGUGGUAGCGGCAGCUGGUGGAACAGCGGAGCUUCCGGGUGCCUGGACUACCGGAACCCCUCGCCAUUCAUAAACAUGGAGUACAGCUCUGGCCGAAUAGAAGCGAGGCAGGAGCGUGAAGGUGGCCCUUACUCGGCAGCAUCGACGGGCGGCCGUGUACAAAAACCAGCAUCCCAGAGUAGAUCAGCUCCUCUGCAAAUCAGGAAGCUCUCCCCGUCUCACUGGUCAAGAGGCAGCUUCAGCGAGCAUGGGCGGCGGCCUCGCCAUUGA